AUGGCGAUCACAAUUUUACCACCAAUUGCAAACGAUGUCGAGGCGACGUACCCCGAGUCCGACUUUGACGAGAUGUCUGUCGACUCCGACGGCGGCGUUGCGCUCACACCCGCGAAAUCAUCACGACCGACCAAGAGGGCUCGCUUAAUAGAAGGGACGGAUAUUGGAACGGGAAUAAUUACACCGGGAGAAGUUGUCACAGAUGACCCGCAGUGGAUGAGAGGUCAUGGAACAUAUACAAACCCUCUGUCAACAUCGAUCAUUGCCACAGUUGCUGGCACCGUUCAAAAGACAAACAAACUACUCUCCGUUCAGCCGCUCCGUGCCCGUUACACGCCGGAAAUCGGCGACUUGGUUGUCGGACGCAUAGUCGAAGUUCAGUCUAGACGGUGGAAGGUCGAUGUGGCAGCUCCUCUACUGGCUCAGCUACCACUUUCUGCGAUCAACCUACCUGGAGGUAUCCUGCGUCGACGAACGAGCGCGGAUGAACUGCAGAUCCGGACGUUCUUCAGCGAGGGCGAUCUGCUUGUCGCGGAGGUACAAACGGUGCAUUCAGAUGGCGCGGCGUCGCUUCACACACGGUCGCUCAAGUAUGGUAAACUCCGCAAUGGGGUUUUUCUCGCAGUAGCCGGGGCAGGUGGUAGUGGCGCAUCUAGCUCAUCAACCAAGGGAGGACUGGGGGCGGGAUCAACUACCGGAGUUGUUCGUUCACGCAGACAAAUGUUCACGAUACCGACUUCUAAUGGCGGCGGCGAUGUAGACAUUGUCCUGGGAGUAAACGGGUAUAUCUGGAUCUCGAAGCACGUUGAGGGCACGGCAGCUGCUUCCUCCACCACAGAGAGCGUGUCGAUCACGCGCAUGGAGGAAAUGGUCUCAAACUCGGUUUACUCUAGCCAGAACGACGAAAUCUUACCCGCCACAAGACGUGAGAUUGCCCGGCUGGCCCAGUGUAUCCGGGUGCUUGUCCAGGGAGGGUUGCGCGUGGAUGAGCAAACUGUCAUGGCUGCAUACGAUGCCAGCCUCCAGGCCGAUUUGGAGCAGGGCGAUGACUACGACGAAGAUGGGCGGCAGCGGGAAGGACGAGAGUACCUCGAAGGAGCCCAAGCUAACAGGAUCAUUCAAUUAGCAACAGCACAGCAGGGCUGA